AUGAAUGGCCAAAUGUUACCGAUGAAAGUUGAUACAGGUGCCUCAUUCUCGCUCAUAAGAGAAAACGCAUAUCGGAAUAUAUUUGGCCGGAAAAAGGCUAGACUGCAGCCGAGCACAGUCAAGCUUCGAACUUAUACUGGUGAGCCAGUACAAACCUGCGGGGAGUUCCAAGCUUCUGUCGAUCACAACAACCAGCGAGCAACCUUGCCGUUGUUGGUGGUCCCUGGAGGGGGCGCUAUUAUCAUGGGAAGAAACUGGCUACGCACUCUACAACUGGAUUGGCAGACAAUCCACCUGCUGAAGGAGAAGCAGCUUAACCGAGCUGACUCGAGCCCGAGCUCUUGGUACCCCGAGCUGUUUUGUGAUGAACUGGGCACGAUGAAGAAUGUGACCGCUUCAAUUCAUGUGAAGUCGGAGGCAACUCCAGUCUUCUGUAAGGCUAGGACUGUGCCAUAUCUGAUGAAGCACAAGAUUGAUCAGGAACUAGACAGCCUAAUCGAGGCCAACAUCAUUCAGCCGGUGGUUUCUGCUGAGUGGGCAGCACCAAUUGUGCCUAUUUUAAAACCGGAUAACACGGUACGCAUAUGUGGUGACUAUAAGGUCACGGUGACACGGUUUGCGGAUGUAGAUCGCUACCCACUUCCGACACCUGAAGAUCUCUUCGCUACGCUGUCGGGAGGUGUGCUGUUCACCAAGCUGGACAUGGCACAUGCUUACCAACAAAUUGAGCUUGAUGAGAGGAGUAAGCAGUAUACUACCAUAAACACUUACAUAGGCUUAAUUGUCCACAGUCGACUCGCAUUUGGAAUCUCAUCGGCCCCAGCGAUUUUCCAGCAAGUGAUUGAGAAUCUGCUGGCAGGAAUCCCUCGCACUACUGUAUACCUUGAUGACAUUCUCGUGUCUGGCGCUUCUAAGGAAGAACACCAGGCCAAUCUGGAGGAAGUUCUUCAACGGCUCGCUGAGGCUGGCCUGCGGUUAAGGAAGAACAAGUGCUGUUUCGGCAUGACAUCCGUGCAGUACCUUGGUCAUCAAAUCAGCAAGGAUGGUCUGGCUACACUGGAUAGCAGGGUCUUUGCAAUUGUGGCCGCACCAAAGCCCAAAGAUGUGACACAAGUCCGGGCUUUCCUAGCCUAUGGAGUAGGUGCGGUCCUGGCUCACGAGAUUGAUGGUGAUGAGCAUCCUGUCUGCUAUCAUGCCAGGACUUUGCAACCAGCUAAAAAGAACUAUGAUCAGGUGGAGAAAGAAGCAUUGGCCAUGAUGGUGGGCGUCAAGAAAUUCUGCAAGUACCUGUGGGGGAGACAUUUCAAAAUUGUCACUGAUCAUAAUCCUUUACUACGUCUACUGGGGGAGCUGAAGGCAGUUCCACAACUGGCAUCGGCUCGAUUGCAGAGAUGGGCACGCAUCCUACAAGGCUACGACUACGAGCUUGUCUACAGGCCUGGCCCAUCCAUAGCAAAUGCAGAUGCGCUAAGACACAUGUUUCUCGUCAUCACUGACUCGCAUACUAAGUGGCUGGAAGUCUUCAUGAUGCAGAAAAUAACCAGUCGGAAAACAGUGGAGAAGCUGAGAUUCUGCUUCGCCACGCAUGGUCUACCAGACUGUAUUGUCAGCGAUAACUGGCCUACACUCACCAGUGAAGAGUUUGCCAUGUUUAUCUCAGCUAAGGGCAUCCGUCAUACAUUCACUGCACCUUACCACUCAUCGUCGAAUGGCCUCGCGGAUAGAGCUGUUCAGUUCUUCAAGAAAGGGAUGAAGCGUAUGUAG